AUGUCCACUACCGAAGGCACCGAGAAGCCCGUUGAGGAGGUCAAGCCCGCCACCGAGGAGACCCCCAAGGAGGCUGGCGAGGCCGACAAGCCUGUCACCACAUCUGCGGUCUUCUCCAUGUUCGGCGGUGGCGCGAAGAAGGAGAAGAAGGAGGACGAGGACCGUGGCGACAACUCUGGCAGCGCCAAGGCCCAGCGCGAUGCUGCUGCCGCUGCUGCCGCCGAUAAGGAGGGUGACGAGAAGGAGGAGGAUGCUCCCGAGUCUGAGGAUGUCCACUUCGAGCCCGUCAUCCGCCUGACGGAGCAGGUCGCCACCGUCACCAACGAGGAGUCCGAGGAGCAGCUCUUCAAGAUGCGCGCCAAGCUCUUCAAGUUCGUCAAGGAGUCCAGCGAGUGGAAGGAGCGGGGCACUGGCGAUGUUCGCCUGCUGAAGCACAAGGAGAACGGCAAGACCCGCCUCGUCAUGCGCCGAGACAAGACCCUCAAGGUUUGCGCCAACCACUACAUCGUUCCCGAGAUGAAGCUCUCCCCCAACGUUGGCUCUGACCGCAGUUGGGUGUGGAACGCUGCUGCCGAUGUUAGCGAGGGUGAGCCCGAGGCCGUCACCCUGGCCAUCCGCUUUGCCAAUUCCGAUAAUGCCAAUGCCUUCAAGGACGCCUUCAUCCAGGCCCAGAAGGAAAACGAGGCUCUGUUCUCCAAGGCGGCCGAGGGCGCGGCCGAGGAGACCAAGGCUGAGGAGGAGAAGAAGGAGGAGACCUCUUGA